GUGUUUGAAUGCUGUCAUAACAGCUGUCGAGCGGGGCGAGAGUGAGGAGGGGAGAGUGAGAAAACUCCAGAGCACCGCAUGGCUCGGCAUCAACACCAGUCUGAGUUGGAUUUUGCUUACCGUCCAAACUUGUUUUAGGAAUUCAACAUGUGAGUGGGCUUUGCAAGAGGAGGAUCCACCUAGAAUGUCAGCUCUGAAGAAGGUGGUGCCAGGCAUACUGCAGAAGCAUUGCUGUAUCUUCCCGAACAGGAACACAGGUGUGAAGAGGUUGCUGAUGAAAUUGAAGAGCAGGGAGAUAUACUCAGAAUCACAGUGCACACUGUGUGGUGAACCAGAAGACCAGCAGUAUUCAUGGUCAACCCCACCAUACUUCGAUGAGGAAAGCUACUCCCCUCUACCCAAAAACAUGAAGGGUCUCUCUGGUGGCCGCCCCACCCACCUCCAGCUCACCUCUCCCACCUCAGCCCACACCUGUGGCUAUGUAGAUGUUGACCAUUCCCUGGAGCAUCAUUUUCACCAUGGAGAUUCACGGCCCCCAUCCUACCUCCUCAGCCCGACUGAAAGCUGUCCCCUGGAAGGUCGUCACCGUUUCUCACCAAGGAGCUCCAUCCACUCUGAGUGCAUGGUGAUACCAGUGUCCAUGGCGCCCACGGACCACUCUGUCGCAUGUAGCACUUUUCCACGCAUGCACUACGGAAGUGCUUCGCGGGACAGCGGGGGCAACACUUCUGGUGGCAGGGAUUCCCGGGAUGAUGGUGGCUCGUCAUCACAUGGUGGUAGCAGCAAAAUGAACCGAAUCCCAGCAAAUCUUCUAGACCAAUUUGAGAAGCAGAUGCCGCUGCACCGGGAUGGCUUCCACACAUUACAGUACCAACGUACAUCCACAACAACCACAACUACAGAGCAACGCAAUGAAAGCCCUGGACGGAUACGCCACUUAGUGCACUCGGUACAGAAGCUCUUCACAAAGUCACAUUCUCUGGAAGGUUCCUCCAAGAUGAACGGUAACAAAAACGACUCACACCGGGACGGCUCGCAUCAUCAUCACCACCAUCAUCAAGGCCACCACAAACACAGCAAGCGCAGUAAGAGCAAAGAUCGCAAAGGUGACGGGGGCGGGAGACAACGGUCGGGAGGCUGGUGGAGCUCAGACGACAACCUAGAUAGUGACAGCACAUACCGGCCACCAAGUGUCAUGUCCCGACACCCCGUGGACCAAAUCACUCACUGCUACCCUGACUCAAUGCACAGCCACCUCGCAGGUGACCUGUCACUAAAGACUUCCAAAAGUAACAAUGACGUCAAGUGCUCAGCGUGUGAGAGCAUAGGCAUGGCACCCGAGGGAAAGUUCAUGAAGAGGAGCUCCUGGUCCACGUUAACAGUCAGCCAAGCGAAGGAGGCCUACAGGAAGUCUUCGCUCAAUCUGGAGAAACCAAUGACGCCAACAGACCUCAAGCCCAACCUCAGACCGUGUCACUAUCUACAGGUGCCCCAGGAUGAAUGGGGAGGUUAUCCCAGCGGCGGGAAGGAUGAUGAGAUUCCGUGUCGACGAAUGCGCAGCAGUAGCUACGUCAAAGCCAUGGGGGAUGAAGAGAGCGGCGAGUCGGACUCCAGCCCUAAGACAUCUCCCCAGAAGUUGGUGCGGCCAGACGCGCUGGUCAAGGCCAUCAUCAGACCCAGAGAGCUGCUGGACUCUCAGAGCUCUUAUCGCCUGGAUAAAAUCAACAGUGACAUGCGUAACUACAUCACCAAUUUUGCCGCAGACUUAAGUCAGAGUUACCACUUGCAAACAGCCAUGCACCCAAGCAUUGCCCUGGACCCCACUGCAAACUACAACUCUCCCAAGUUUCGCUCCAGGAAUCAAAGCUACAUGCGGGCAGUGAGCACCCUCAGUCAGGCAAGCUGUGUUAGCCAGGUGAGCCAGGUGAGUGAAACAGAAAUAAAUGGCCAGUUUGAAUCGGUAUGUGAGUCGGUGUUCAGCGAGGUAGAAUCCCAGGCCAUGGAUGCACUGGAUUUACCCGGCUGCUUCCGAACCCGGAGCCACAGUUACCUGCGAGCCAUCCAAGCCGGCUACUCUCAAGAUGAUGAAUGCAUCCCACCCAUGGCCUCCACAGUCACCUCCACCAUCAGAUCGACCACAGGCAUCCAGUUCUGCCUUCCUUUCAACUGCAGCAGCAUUGAGCGGACACCCCAGCAUCCCCCAGCCAUUACCUACACACCAAGCUACAAGAAGGCCCCUCCACCUGUCCCGCCACGCACCACCUCAAAACCUCUCAUCUCCAUCACAGCCCAAAGCAGCACAGAGUCCACUCAGGAUGCUUACCAUGAGGGAAGGCACCCCCAUGGAGGAAUGUGGGGACCCGAUGGCCUGACCCUGGGCCUGAGCUCCGGCAGGGCCCUCUAUAACUCCGUUGAUAGCCUGGACAGCGCCAAGGCCGUAACUAUAGCCAUGGAGGCAGCUGGAGUCAUGGCUGGGAAAAGACAACCAUCCACAAACAGCCACAGUUCAAUCGUCACCUGUGACAAGGCCAUCUUGGUGUCUAAAGCUGAGGAGUACCUCAAGACGCCUCGAUCUUCUAUAGGAAUACAGGUGGAAGCUGCCACAGACUCUGAAUCGGAAAGCAAAGGCUCCCGGGAAUACCAUUCUGUUGGGAUCCAGGUGGAGGAUGACAAGAAAGGGCAAGGCCGCUUCAAGCGCUCCAACAGCGUGACUGCAGCCGUGCAGGCAGACAUGGAGUUGGAGGGUUUCCCCACCAUGGAGGACAAAGGCCUGCAGUUUGGCGGGGGCUUCCAGCGCCACUCAGAGCCCAGCACACCCACCCAGUAUGGAGCCGUGCGAACCGUCCGCACCCAGGGGCUCUUCAGCUACCGCGAGGACUACCGUACCACAGCUGAACCCCCGAGUCCCCGGGAGACCACCAGUGAGCCCACGUGGCAGCUGGAGCCCCCCUCCCCGCAGGAGAAUGCCGUCCCAUCUGGUGAGUCAGGGCGUAGCUCCCCUUCUCUAAGGAGAGAUGGGAGCUGGUUCAUGCAACUGCUGCACACUGAGACCAAGAGGAUGGAGGGAUGGUGUAAGGAGAUGGAGGCUGAAGCUGAAGAAAAUGACUUGUCAGAGGAGACCCUCGGAAAAAUCAGAAGUGCAGUGGGAAGCGCUCAGCUCCUCAUGUCACAGAAAUUCCAGCAAUUCUAUUGGUUGUGUCAGCAAAAUCUGGACCCUAGUGCCAUGCCGCGGCCUACCUCACAGGACCUGGCUGGGUUCUGGGACCUGCUGCAGCUCUCCAUCGAAGACGUGACCAUUAAGUUUGACCAGCUGCAGCAGAUCAAGAGCAACAACUGGAGGCCCAUAGACAGUCCGGAGAAAAAGCCUACAGCUCCAGUACCAAAGAAGACAAGUCGACAGAAAAGUCUGGUGACCAGAGAGAAAUCCUUGGACCUGCCUGACAGGCACCGGCAGGAGGCUCGUAGACGGCUGAUGGCAGCCAAGCGGGCGGCCUCCUUUCGGCAGAACUCAGCCUCAGAGCGAGCGGACAGCAUCGAGAUCUAUAUUCCCGAGGCUCAAACUCGACUUUGAGAAGUUAGGGUCAGGGGAAAACUUGUCUCCCUGCUCACCUAGCCUUUUUCUAGACUUCUGUUGUCUCUUCCUUUACCCAUCCAAUCUUAGAAGCCAUCCUCAGUGGCCCUGGCCAACGUCAUCAACCUGUAGGAUGUGCCUCUCGUCCCGAUAUUAGCAGAGAUGUAUAUUGAACAUGGGUUGACUGGUUUCCCCACUGGUUCUCUGGUUACCAUGGUACCCAAACGACACAACCUCAUCCAGCAUCUUGUGUGUUUUUGCUUAUUUUUGCCAACAUCUGCAAAGUGCCAUUUUGAAAAGUGCAGCUUUGAGAAACCUACCAGCAACCAGACCUUUGACCUAAAAAAAAAAAAAAAAGAACAAAUAGCGAUACAGGCAUUUUAAAUAGCUGAAAACAAAAUCUCCAACUCAUUCGUUUUUUUAGUCAUGACUUGUUUCCCAAACUUAAUGUGAAAUCGAUAAAGUGCCAAUCCUGACAAUACCUCAUCUCUGUGCAUGUGGCACCGAUCCAACCGAUGUGUCAAUGUGGUUGUGGUCUUUUUUCAUGAUAUUGCUAGUUCAUUUCAUCAUUUAGUGCCGUGUGCAUUUCACAUGCAUCUCAUGGUCUUGUCAUUUACUUGAACCAGAAUACAAGUCUCGUGCCAACAUUUUACAUGAGAUCAAUGCAGGUGGGGGGGAAAAAAAGAGACCUGCGAUCAAAACACGUACACAACACGUACACAAAUACACUGAUGCAUUUACUACGAUUACGUGUUUCCAAAGGGAAGUAUACACACUCUAGUUAACAGCAGUGCUGCUGUAUUUUCUAAAUAUGAACAGGAACAAUGUUUAUUUUCCCACAGUGCGCCUGCCCCCUAAUUACUUUUGACAAACCUGGAUUGUUGCAGUGAUCACAGCCACAAAACCACUCUGCUUUGUUUUACUCCGAUCUACUGUGCUUAUCUCAGGCCCCAUUCAAGCAGCACCCUUGACCACUUUCGAAAUACAAACAGAACAUCCAGUUUUGAUCCCUGCGACACUGACCCCCCUCCUACAAGGGAAGAAUAAAACCUUUGCAAAUUAUUCAGCACAUCAUCUAAGCUUGUUUGUCCCAAAACUGUGAUAUAUAUGUAUAAUAUUUCACAUGCCCUUGGUAUUACUUUUGCUUUGAGGUGCUCUCUUUAACUUUAACUACUAAGCUGCAUGGAAAAAACUCACUGAAUUGGAAUUUAUUCAUCACAAAAUUCAACGGGGUUUUCACCUUGUGGCACAACACUCAGGUGUAAAUAGAGAAUAAAUUGCUACACUUAAAUCUUAAAAAUCACUUUUCCAAGCUGUGCGAGCCGCUCUGUGGCAUAUUCGCUCACCAGCCACAGCAUUAGGUGCACUUGCACAAGCUAAUGAGGUCCAAUACAAACACUGUCAAACAUUUUUUUGUUUUGUUUUGCAGGUAAUUUCAGGUAAAUGUUGUUGUAUUUUGCAAGAAAUGUAGAAGUGCACUGCAUCCAGUAUACUGUAAUAGUAGAAAGACACUUUAUCACCACUCUGACAGCGUCAGUUAUCUUCAUAAAUGCAGAUUAUUGUACACAGGUAUUCGUCUUGAGCCUUAUUAGUUGUUCAGUGGUAUUUAAUGUAGUUUAUCCAUAAAAUUCACUCCGCUUAUGUCGGUGAUCAGUGUUAAGGCCAGGAAAAUUCUUCAUAUAAUAUUUUCUUCACUCAUGCAUUUAGAGUCUAUUACAUGUGACGGCGUCCAAAGUGCGUUGAUGCCUAACAAUGUGUAAGAAUAGCAAGAGUUUGAAUAUGACAAAAACACGUUUUGAGUUUUGGUAGUGCUGUGCUGACAGUGACGAAGAGAAGGUGAAUAUAAGGUCGGAGACUGUCUUGACUUUAUUUCACCACUGCCACCCUCCAGUGGCAUAUCGCGCAUCCAGCUGUCACGCACACACACACACAUACGCAUCGGACAUUUGCUCUGCAUCAGCGCUUUUUCAAAACAAAGAUAUGAAACACUCGUUUUAUUUCUUUGUUUUUAGGGAGUAUACCCAGCACAUACAUUUAGCAGCCACAGCCUUAGGUACACCCGCACAAUCUGAUGGAUCUUAUUAGGUGUGCAAGUGUACUACUGCCAUGGAUUACAGUACUGUAUUAUACUUUACAGUACAGUUUACUUGGCCGUUUUUACACGUCUUCAGUAUGUAUUCACUCACACCUUUAGUGACACACUUGAAGAAAACACGUCCCUUCAGAGAGUUUAACAGGGUGACAGCAGGAGCGUGAGGAUGUGUGAUGCUGGCCAUUUGUCAGAAGCAGAGACAAUCCCUUGCUGUUUGCACACAGGCAGGCUGGCAGGAGACAGACCUUGCCUGACAUAUUUUGGCUUCGAGGAGAUGUGAGCUCCGUGUUGGGCCCCAUACUACUGGCGUUGCGUUCUGUUGUGCGGCUGCAGGGCUGUUAUGUGAGGAUCGCUGUACGCUGCGCUGGGUAUUUUCAGUCUGCCUUUUGACGAGGCAAAGCAGUUUAUGUAAGAUUUUUGGGUCCUUGGUAAGAUCAAGCAAACAGCCUCACAGGGGCCUUCAAAAGCAUGUGUUGAGAAAUGCGUUGCUGAAUCACGGUCUUUACUGUUCAACUCUACUGUGUGAGUUUCUCUUCCCUCCAAUGCACAAUUAUGCAUCCUGACCUCAUUUGCAAGUUGGAGUAUAAAGCGGCCAUUGCAAAUUGUGAGAUGAGUCAAAGAUAUGACUAUUUUUGCAUCCUCAAAUGAUGGGCUCCUUGCAGACUGCCAUUGUCAACCUCAUCAACACCUCAAAUGAAGCAUUGUCCCGUGGGCACUAGGCCUGGGAUGAUAAUAAAUUAAUUAAUUAAUCGCACAAUAAUCAACACCUUGGCGCGUUUGUUCCAUAGAACAAGGGCAUGAGUGAGCCCUUUUGUCAGUCAUACAAUCUCUGUCUUGGUGGGUGGAGGCGGGGCACCUGUCAUACACACAGAGUGUAGAAAAGUGUAACGUAGUAGAAAUUAAAUUAGUAGAUUGCAAUUUAUUGUCCUAUAGUUUUUAUAUUUUUAAUUGUACUUUUUUUUAAAGUACGGUAAUGUUAAAAUCUCAUCUCGUUCUCGUAGAGCCAAUCUCGUGUAUCGUCUCGCCUCGCGAACCGUGUCCCGUGACACCUGUAGUAUGUAGUAUUCUACACCAGUCACUAGGUGUCAAUGUUUCUGUAAUGUUCGGUGAGACACACAAUCACCACACUUGAUCGCCGGAACAACAGGCUUUUAUUGCAGGUUUGAAUAAUAAUCCCUAAGAAAAACUGAAACUCACCUCUGAACGGCCAACAUUUUUUCCUGUCCACCACUCACUCUGCUGUCUUAGGGAACACAUUUAUAGGAACACACGCAAGAAUGAUUCUUAUUUGUCUUAAAUGGCCUAUUUAUUAUUACAGGAUGUCUACUAUAUUGGGUAGUAUGUAAAGGUGACUAUAGGGGUGUCUCUAGAGGCCUCUAAUGUUACAAAAUGUAUUUAGAAGGUUGUAAACAGGUUUUCUAUGCUCUAGCUCCGAAAAUAUUACAUUUAUAAUCAAGGAAUCCUACUUAGUGAAAAUUCACUUAUCAUGCUCGCAUCUGGAACCAAUUAACCACGAUAAACGAGGGAUUACUAUUUCUUACAAAGGUCAGUACAACCCUCACAUUUCAGCAAACAUUUUAGCAUACAGUAUAUCUUCAGGGUACAAUUCUGUACAGCUUGGAAAGCAGUAUAUAUAUAUAUAUAUAUAUAUAUUUUUUUUUUUUUUGUCGUCUGAAAAUAAGUCAACACAACGUCGUUGUUUUUUAAACAGCUGGCAGCAGAACUAAGUACACCACAGAGAACAUGUGCCACAGCGCCAUUGUUAUCUAGCACUGCCUUAAUCCUGUUGGUAUUGAACUCACCAGAGCUGUUAAUGGAAUACUCUCCCACUCCUCUAUGAUGAUGUCACAGAACUGGCGGGCUCCUUGUGCUCGUCCACUUUCCGCUCGAGGAUGUCCCACAGGUACUCAAUUGGGUUCAGGUGUGGAGACAUACACUCCUGAUCAAAAUUUUCAGACCAGUUGAAGAAUUGCAAGAAUUUACAUUUCGCACUGUUGGAUUUUAAGGAGGUUCUAAGUAGAGCUUCAAAAUGCAAAAAGAAGAAAUGGGAGUAAGACAAAAAAAAUAAGGAAGAAAUUUAUUACAAGCAACCAUUAAACUGAAAUAGGUAGUUCAUCAGCUGAUCAGAAGUUUAAGAGCAUAGCUCAUAAAAAAACCUAAAAAUGUUCUCAAUUGAAUUUAGAUCAGGGGAACAUGCAAGAUGGUACAAAAGAAGGAUGUUAUUCCUCUGGAAGAAAGCGAGCAUUGUAAACUGCAGUGUUGUCCUGUUAAAAAAGCCAGUCAUUACCACACAGUCAUGAUGGAUGCCCCCUGCAACAUCUCCACAUAGCCAACUGCCAUAUGACGCCCCUGCACAACCUGAAGCUCCAUUGUUCCAUCGAAGGAAAAAGCACCCUAUAUCAUGAUGUGCCACGUGGGAAACAUCUCAGAUGGGAUCUCCUUGUCAUGCCUGUAAUGUUGGAAGCCAUGAGGACCGUCAAGGUUACAUUUUGGCUUAUCAGAGAAUAAAACUUUCUUCCACCUUUCAGUUACCCAUGUUUGGUGCUCUCAUGCAAAUUCCAAACGGCCAAUUUUGUGGCGUUGAAGGUGUUUUUUGUUCUUAAAACCUUUCUCUCGCCGAUGCCGUCUGAUGGUUAUUGGGCUGCACUCGGAACAAGUAAUAACCUUCAUUUGGGCCGAGAAUUGUCUCGUGUCUUGGCAGACAGCCAAUCAGGUCCUCCAACUCAGGGCCGGUGACUUUUACCACUUGACGUUUUUGUUCCGUAACCCUCAGGAUCUUUUAAGACAUUUAAAAUGACUUCAGUGACUUGACAAUGUCUUACUGCGUCCAACUUGCUGCGAGAGGCCUUGCUUAUGUAAAUCAACAAUCCGACUGCAUUCAAAGAGAGAAAGCUUUUUUUGCCUUUGCCAUCAAGAGAUCAUGACAGUGUGAAUACCUGACAUACCUGCCAGCUUUUUAAACAAAAAUGGCUCUGUUUACUUAUUUUGGAAGGAUAGUAAUUAUAUACUGCUUUCCAAGCUGUACUGUGGUUACUUUUAGGUACAUUUAAUUUUUUAUUUUUCUAUAUAAUAUUGUCCCUAACGUCCAUAAGAUGUUUCCAGCAAGCAAUACCGUUUGGUUCAGAUCAAUACACCUGUUAUGUUAGUCUUUCAACCAUGGGUGUGAAGUACGCAGGGAGCGUCAUGAGCUACGUACGUAGCAUGAUGUCAUGGCAGCAGGACAGCAUGUCUUCUUCUUAGGCCUCCUUCAAUUUAUGAUGACCCUGGGAAAAAAAAAAAGUUUGAUUUGAUUGUCCUGCUGGAACAGCGCUGUCUGAACAAUGUGAUUGUUUCCUUCUAUUCUGUAGUGUCCCCAAAGCACACAAAUAACUUGCAGGAUUUAAUAUGACGGCAGACACAUGGUCUCACAGCCAUGCAGCAAGUAAAAACUGAAUCGACUCCGGCUGUGCUGUUUAGGCGGGCUCAUAUCAUUUAAGCAAGCAACAAUUAUUUCUGUUAUUUCUAUUAUUACUGAUAUCUGAUAUUGUCCUUCAUUUCAUUAGUGAUGCCAAUAUCACCGAUAUAUACAGCUUUUAUACAGCUCUUCCCUCAAACUAACGUUGCGUAAUGAACACAUUAUGCUUCUUCUAUUGGAUGAAUUUCACACAUAAAGACUGUUAAAUACCGCAAUAUGCACUACAAGUUGUAGCAAAAUGCCAAUACGCUGCCUGAUAUUAGAUUUGAAGUAUUGGAGGAAGACACCUUACUCCCCCGUUGCAUCACCAGCGCUUUAUGUCAUGUUCUGCAUGACAGGUUGGACUCUUCCUGUCUUGUGCUCUUGAUUUGGUUUUCUGUUUCCUGUUGGGUGCGAUAUGCAGCGGUUUUGUGGUAGCUGGAAAGCGCGUGAGGCUGGAAACGUUUUCUCAUCGUUCGUCAUAGUGGUAUCCAAAGUGCUGCACGGGGGCCAUUUGCGGGCCGCGGCUUGUUUUUUUUAUUGGCCUGUGGCACAAUGUAGAAAUAAAUAAACAAACAAAAAAAUAUUGGAAAAAUUGAGGAAAAAGGCCGAAUGUCAGGACUAAAAGCUGAAAUGUUGAUACUAAUAAAGUUUUUAACGCUUUGUCCUGCAAAGCUUUGUAUAUACAAUGCUUUUUUUGGCCUUUUUAUGAAAUAAAAAAUAAAUAUAAAACUACCAAAGUGGAUACUUACAUCUUUUGAGUUUUCAGUAUACAGCCCUCAGGGGAAAAAGUUUGGACACCCCUGAUUUAGGUAGAGCCCCAUUCCACACAAAGAGCGAAUCGUACCACGUUUACAGCCAAAUUCUACAGUAUAUUUACAAUCCGAAGGUGAAACUUGGAAAUAAUUACAGACCGCGGACAUAUUGAGCGUGCUUCCUGUGGAGCACAGUGCGGUUUGAUGAGGCCUCACUCGGGUACCAAUAUAAUUAUGGGACGAAAAACUGAUGAUCUGAUGAUGUGAUAUCUCAUUUUGAUGCAUCGGCCGACAGUACUGAGCCCAGCCACUAUUUGAGGACAUAUGGUGUGUUGAUUCAGAUUUGUGCAAUAGUGUUUUGCAAGUGUUGGUGAGUGCAAAAGCCAAAUAAAGAACAUUUACUGUCAUUUCAAAACCACUGACAGUUUCUGGGGGUGAAAAGUCUAUAAUUUAAUAAGAGAUCCUCUGUGGCUGUUUUCUGGAGGAUGCUCAUCUGGCAGUCACAUGAUGCAGUGAGAACUGAAGGCAGCCCCUAUUGGCAGGAAGUCACUGGAGUGAUGAUGAAUUAAUAGUAAGUCAGCCACCGUAACCUUGUGAAAACCCCCUAGGGCAGAAAUGACAGUAUCACAUUAAAAAAAAGCACGAGGGCAGCAAUCCACUCCAAGUGCCAUCUUUUUUUCGCUUAUAAGACUUACUGUAAAAUUAGGACUCAGCCACACGUCUCAGAAGAGUUUCCCAUAAGCAAAUCAUCUCUGCUCCACCUUCCGUCAUAUUUCUAAUGUUUCAUCUGUGGCCUCACUUCUGCAUCGACUGUCUGUGCGCUCUUAACGGCAGAAACAGCGACGUGAACUAUUUCGGGGGGGGGGCAUUUUUCCUAUUGAAGACGUUAACAGAGAAACUUUAAGAUUCCCUUGGACUUGGGAUGUGAAAUAAUUGGAUGAUCACAAGGCAAAAUAAGAAAAGUAGUUGUUUAGCGAAAACUAUUUUCAUCUCUUGUAUAGCAUAUCUAUAGUGAGGAUGAAUAUAAUGCCAAAUAUUCAUUAUUUGUAAAGAAAUAUAUAUAUAUAUAUAUACAUACAGAUAUAUAGAACAGUAUAUAAUUCUAUAUUAUGCUCACCUGAAUCAACUAUUUUCUGCUGUUGCUCAUGUUCUGUUGUCACUUUUUCUUUCUGAUUUUAUAAACUGCUACGAUGGCAUGAAAAAUACUGAUUCUGAAUGUAGAUGAUUUCUUUAUUUAUGAAGUCACCUUUUUACAGAUGUAGCCUACAUUUGUUAUGUUAUUUAUUUUAUAUAUUGACCAUUUCUAUAUUUAUUGAUUUCUCUGUGUGUGUUAUUUAAAAGCUUUUGUUUAUUUAUGGAACCUCGUAUGUGUUGAAAGAUUUGACCUCAUUGCAGUCAUCAUCCAGUGUAAAUAAGUCUCGAAAAUUAAAUUUUUGGACAAAAAGUUUGAAACAGCUUGUCUGUGUGCUUCCUAUAUGUGUAAUUUGAAUAUACAGUUCACAUACACUCACGGGGUUGGGUAUUUUAUUGAUCUUGCAUCCUUGCAACAGUUCUUUUUCCAUUGGGAAUGAAAUGUCAUUUUUAAAUGAUUCAAUUUAUUUCUACAUUUUUCUAAUGUAGAAUUAAGU